AUGGACACACAGGCAGGUGGCCAGCCACAUUUGGAGGUUGCACUGCCUAAACAACCUCCACCAAACAUUGCACAAACAUCAGGGAACACAAAUAAUAACAAACAUCCGAUGGAUUACUCCAAAUUUCUGAAACCUUGCACUUUAAAUGCUACAAUGCAGGAGCAACAGGAAGUUGAGCCAAUUCCUAUUCGUCCACCUACAAUACUGAAUGGAGAACAUGUUAUUCAGUGUACAGAAGCAGAAGUAGAAAGGAUGGAGAUCAUCGAAGGAUUACAAUAUGCAAUAGUUGGUAAAUGUUCUUAUGGAAGCCCAGAAAUUCAACAAUUGCGGCAUGAUCAAUUUGAAUGUUGGAGGAUACACCCUGAACUAUAUGUGGAGAAGGAUAAGUACAAACAAGCAGAUACAACUAAGAAACAGGACAUAGGGAACUCACAGCCUAUAAUGAUGUUAUCUAGUGGAAAGAUCGUGGGUAAUGUUAAUGUUACAACAAAAGAGCAAUGGAAGGAAGUGAAGGACAACAGAGUUAGAAAUGUAGUAAAUCAAAAUACUAGUCUCACUAAUAAUGAAAUGAAGAUGACCCCAACCAAACAGUUUGAAAAAAAUAAGAACAAGGAGGGUACAAGCAAUAUAGAGAGACAAGUAGAAGUACAAAGCAAAAGUGUUAGGGAGUUGGUGGCAGUAGACAAUGAAGAUAAUGAUCAUGUUCAAAUAGCCAACAAGUUUGCAAUAUUACAAGGGAUGGAGGAAGAGGAAGAACCUGUUAAUCAAUUGGCAAUGGUGGCAGCUAAUGUAGCAACAAAUAGUUCAGCACUUCAUAACCAAGCAUCUAGAAAGCAAAAAUCAAAAAAUAUGGUCAAUAAUUGGGGAAAGUUAAAUCCAGCAGCACAAGCUUUUCAACUAUACUCAUCGGGGACUAAUUUGACUAAUGCUCUAGUCAAUGGAAUGGAGGCAGCAAAAUCAAAAAACGAUACUGCACAAUGGGUAGAAAGAACCUUCAAGGAUAAGACAGGAGAAGGAAUAGUGAAGAUCAAUAAACCAUGCCAGGAAAUCCCUUCAAAAGAUACAUUAGUGAACAAGGUUCUUAAUAAAAAUCCAAAUACUCAAGAAGAAGGUUCAAAAUCGUCUACAUUUAAAGAAAAAGUGCAAGAUUGUGGAGGCAGACUAUGGGAGGCACAAAUGGAAUACGAUUCAGAGGAGAACGAAGUACCAUUAGGAGCACAAGAUGAUGAGGAACCCAAUGAGAAUGACAAAGAAGAAGAGGAGCAAAGUGUAAAUGGAGAGAUUCAUCCCAAUGACGACAAUCCAACUGAAGUCACAGAAAUUAGUAACAAUGAAGGAAGAGGCCCAGAGGUAAAUGAUCCUGGAGGAACAGAAGAUGAUCAACUUCAGAAAUCACAAGAAGAAUCACAAGGACACAACAAAACAGAGAAGGAGAAACAACCAAAACAAAAAGAAGAAAUAGUAAAUAUUACUAUUACAUUGGAGAAAAACCAGUUGCAGCUAUUAAAAAAAGUUGAAGAGAAAGCCUUGGUCCUUAAAAAUAAUGCAUUUGGAGCUACAUCAGGAGGGAAGGAAGACAAUGAAGAGGGAGAAGAACCUGGUAAAACAGGAUACGACAUGGAUCAAGAAUCAACUACCCAACACCUUAUGAAUGCUGCAAGGAAAGGUGACUUAUCACCUACACAAGUGAAUAAGGCAAAAUCAGCAGCAAAAGGUAAGAAGAAGCAACAAAAAGAUAAUCUUGCAGCACCAAAAUCUGGGAUGCACACAAGGAGAACGCUAACUAAAUCCAACAAUCAGUAA